GCCCCCAGCGGAGGCGGUCCCGGCCCGGCGGCCCCACAGCCCCGCGGAGCCGCUGCCUCCAAUCGCGGGCCCGGGGCGGGGCCCGGCGGUGACAUUGAGGGGCCGGAGCAGCGCCCGGACAGCGCCAUGUGGGGCCGCGCCGAUAGGGCAGUUAAACUGCUGGGAAGAAAUAUUCCCUCGAUUCUGAGGAUGACUGAGGGAGUGGACCCGAAGAUAAGCAGAAGGCUGAGCAUUAAACGCCCAGAAGAUUUUCAGCCAAAGAGUCGAUUUGCUUCGGGGGUGCCUGGAUACAAACCUACAGAGUGGGAGAGAAAGUUUUUGCUGUGGGCAGGYCAUUUCAAAAGGCCAGAGGAUAUACCAGAGACUGUCUCGCUUGAAACAGUGAGAGCAGCCAAGACCACACUGCGUGUGAAGUGCAGCUAUGCCAUGAUUGCCUUGACCAUCGUGGGGUGCAUUGUCAUGGUGGUCAGAGGGAARCAGGCUAUGAAAAGACAUGAAUCUCUAACAAACAUUAACCUGGAGAAGAAAGCCCAGCUGAAAGCAGAAAGUGCAUCUGCUAAACCCUAGAGGAAGAAAUGAAGAGAUCAGGAACUGGGGARGAAAAGCACUGAGAGGAGGACAAAGUCCCAUCUUUCCUGUAUGUUGGUUCUGUACACUGAAGUUUAAGAAAGAAUGAAUAGGUUGUCCUGUAAUAAAUAAAACCAGAAAUACCUAGU